AUGGAACGCCGUCUAAUUGAACUACUCACACCAGUCUGGUACUGGUUCAAACGUGCCUUCAAGUUCUACACCAAUCUUCGCCCAUUUGAAUAUACUCAUUUUUCGUUUUGUCACAGUUUUCUAUUCACAGCGUGUUUAUUUGAACCGCUGUUUCGUAAAACAAAACAUGCAGAGUUUCUUCCUUUCAAUCGUAUCUUUUUAAUUAUUUUUGUAGUAGGUUUAUGCUUAGAAAAAUUUAUAAUAAGCACAAAGCCAAAGGCUCAAUGUUUGAACCAUGUGAUUUUUGGACUUUUCGGAAUGAUAAUUUCGGUUUGGACAUUGGUUGGAUGUAUAAUUGCAAGACAGUUUAGUUUGAUUGUUGGUUUACUUUACAUUCUGGCUCUUUGUUUCUUCCUCGCAUCCUAUUCAAUGUUUAGCAAUGUGUCAACGGAUCUUUAUUUGGUACUUCCUCUCGAGAAUCACCCGUUUUUUGGGAUAAAAACAAAUGUCGUCUUGCUUGAACCAAUCGGACACCAAACGGACCAAUCGGUAGAAUCAUUUGCCACGUGA